UAAUGGCGGACGACGUGGAAAAGAAAGGACUUCUUGAUAUUUCGAUGGAUGAUGAUGAAGAAGAGGAACUUAAUGUGGUACAUAAAAAUGAAUUCAACUUUCAAGAUUACCAUAAAGAUGAAGAUAAUCAAGUAAUGGGAACCAUUGGCGAAACCACCAGAAUUAAUGAUGCUACAACAAAUAUUUCAACACAGGCAUUAGACGACAGUGAUGAUGAAGGAGAUAAAACAGAGUUAUUGGCAUCAGAAAGAAAGUCACCACCAUUUUGGACAUUUGAGUACUACCAAGGAUUCUUUGAUGUUGAUACUGCACAAGUUUGUAAAAGAAUUCUUGGGUCAAUGGUACCUGCAUACAAGAAGAACUAUCUCGUCUCACAGAUCAGACCCAACCCAGACUUAUACGGUCCAUUCUGGGUCUGUGCAACAUUAGUAUUUACAACAGCGAUUGCUGGUAAUCUUGCAAGCUACUUGGUGGAGAAGGGGGACCACGAAUGGGUUUAUGAUUUUCACAAAGUGACUUUGGCAGCCGGWGCAAUCUACACAUAUGCUUUCCUGAUUCCAACAGCAUUAUGGGGGCUUUUGUUAUGGAGAAGAAGCACYGCUGGAUACUCAUUUUUGGAAAUAUUGUGUGUUUAUGGGUAUUCUCUGUCUAUAUAUGUACCAAUUUCAGUAAGUACACGAUGAUAAUAGCUCUACUUUA